AUGCGUGAAUGUAUCAGCAUUCACAUUGGUCAGGGUGGUUGCCAAAUUGGAAAUGCAUGCUGGGAACUGUAUUGCCUAGAGCACGGAAUUCAACCUGAUGGUCACAAACCUGCUGACAAAACCAUUGGUGAUGGUGAUGAUUCAUUUGAAACAUUCUUUCUUGAAACUGGGGCAGGCAAACAUGUUCCACGAGCUAUUUUCAUUGACCUUGAGCCGACGGUGGUGGACGAAAUCCGCACUGGAACGUACCGUCAGUUAUUCCAUCCAGACGCGCUGAUAACAGGAAAGGAGGAUGCAGCCAAU